AUGCUUGCGACCGCUGGGUUUCCGUUGAGAAAGUGGGCCUCCAACGUGCCAGAAGCAUUGACUGGCGUACCAUCCGAAGACUUAGCGAUAAAACCGCUCCACGAUCCCCACGACGAUCAAUUCGUCUCAACACUAGGCCUUGUUUGGGACACAAGAACGGACAUGCUGCGGUUCAAUGUCAAGAUGCCGCUCCCUGCAGCAAUCCUCACAAAUCGUGAAGUGAUCUCCUACAUUGCCAGAAUAUUUGACCCAUUAGGUCUGGUCGGUCCGGUGAUAGCUGCCGCCAAAAUGUUUAUGCAACGCCUCUGGAAACUGAAGACUGAUGAUAACAGUCCCUACGAGUGGGACAGGCCACUUCCACCCAACCUACAAGAAGAAUGGAAGAAGUAUCACGCCACUUUGGAUAUACUUUCCGAAUUACGAAUUCCUCGCUUCGUUUCAUUUGCCGAUGAACCAAUACUCCAGCUACACCUGUUUUCCGACGCUUCAGAAUUGGCUUACGGCGCAUGCUGCUACGCUCGUUCAGAGGACGACAAUCGCAUUCACGUACAACUGCUGACUUCGAAGUCGAAGGUUGCGCCAAUAGCCACCAAGCAUUCCAUCGCUCGUCUGGAACUGAACGCUGCUGUCCUGUCUACCAGAUUGUUCCAGAAGAAGAUAAACCAAUCAAUGCGAUCGUCAACCGAAGUCUUCUUCUGGACAGAUUCAACCACCGUCCUGCAGUGGCUUAAAUCUGCACCGAAUCGUUGGAAAACCUUUGUAGCCAAUCGAGUUUCAACGAUCCAGUCUAACACCGAAGGGUAUUCCUGGAAUCACGUUCCCGGAAUCGACAAUCCAGCCGAUGAACUAUCCCGAGGUCUGACACCGGCCGAACUACUAAACCAAAGCCGUUGGUGGAACGGACCGUCGUGGCUUUCCAAAUCGUCCGAUCAUUGGCCAAAUUCAAGCAUCCCCUGCGAAGAGUUUCAAUCUACAGCCGAAGAGGCACGCAAUGUUUCGUUAGUAGCGGUGCCUAAUGAAGAAACCUCAUUCGCAGAUCAGUUGGUCCUCCGUUUCUCAUCAUUUUCCAAAAUACGUCGUGUGGUUGCCUACUGCAUCAAGUACAUCAAUUCCCUUAAGGUUGCAGAACGAAGCUCGUCAAAAGAAAGAACAACGCUCCUUUCUACAGAAGAUUUGCUGGCUGCUGACCGUGCAUUAUCUCGUCUCGCACAGCAACAAACUUUCGCAGAUGAGGUAGCAGAGAUUAAAUCCGUCGGAACCGUGAAAGGUGCCCCAUUGAAAUGGCUGAAGCCACGCUUGACACUCGACGGAAUCCUCCGUGUUGGCGGACGACUCGAGAAUGCCCAUGCACCUGAAGCAAGCAAGCACCCAAUCAUCCUGUCAUCCAAGCACCCUCUGUCUCGUCUACUCUGCGAUCAUUACCAUAAGGCUCUCCUUCAUGCUGGUCCCCUGUUGAUGCUGUCCACAUUGCGCCAGAAAUAUUGGAUUCUUGGAGGAAGAGACCUGACCCGAUCAACCUACCACCAAUGUGUCAAAUAUUUCCGAACUAAGCCGCAACUCAUUCAACAGAGCACUGCUGAUCUACCAACGUCCCGUGUCACGCCAGCACGGCCGUUUUCCAUCUCUGGUGUGGAUUACUGCGGCCCGAUAUUUCUCAAGUCUCCAGUGCGGAAUAGAUCUCCGACAAAGGCUUAUAUAGCCAUCUUCGUGUGCUUCUCGACCAGAGCAGUACACAUAGAACUGGUUUCGGACCUUUCCACUCCAGCCUUCCUCUCAGCUCUACGUCGCUUUGUUGCACGCCGCGGGCGAAUUUGUGAGCUCCACUCCGAUAACGGGACCGCCUUUAAGGGAGCAGCAAAUGUCUUGCAUCGCAUCUACGAAAUGCUGAAGCUCAACGAUAGUGACCACGAAUCCAUCACCAACUGGUGUGCUGAGCAGGAAAUCCAGUGGAAGUUUAUACCGCCACGCGCCCCACAUUUCGGAGGAUUGUGGGAAGCGGCGGUGAAAUCGUGCAAGCACCAUCUCCUACGAGAAAUAGGCCAAACAUCGAUCAGCUGGGAAGAUAUGACAACGUUGCUGGAACAAAUCGAAAUGUGCUUGAACUCACGACCACUAACUCCGCUUCCAACAGAUCCCGCCGAUCUCCAAGUACUUACCCCAGGCCAUUUUCUUGUUGGUUCGAAUCUCCAAGCAGUUCCGUCAGCCAAUGUUACCGAAAUACCGGACAACCGUCUGGAUCACUGGCAACGAACCGAAAGGCAGUUGCAGCGUAUUUGGACAAGGUGGUAUCCGGAGUAUCUUGCCCAACUUCAAACCAGAGCCAACAAGGGUUGCAAGUCUCCAGUCAAUUUGCAGUUAGGGCGGAUCGUGGUCAUCAAAGACGAAAAUCUUCCACCGGCACAGUGGCCGCUGGGACGAAUUACAAAGCUGCAUCCAGGUAAAGAUGGAAUCGUCCGUGUUGUCAGCAUGAAGACAGCAGCAGCAGAGAUCGUCGUGCGACCAGCCGCCAUGGCCCUUCUACCUAUAACACCAGAUGACUACCAAACCACAUCGUAA